UGGGAUAUGAGUGCUGGAUUUGCCGUCCUGGGCUCAUUUCUCCAAGGUGUAGCACCGAGUGUCGUUCUGUCAUGAUGCGGGGACUGAUCCUUGUUUGCCUGCUUGGCCUGGCCUGUGUUGGCCUGAGUGCUAGCACAGAGAAUGCCCAUCAGAAGCGAGGAACAAAGCUCAAGGAACAGAAGGGUGCUCUCAGCAAAGAUUACACAAGAAAUCUUCUGAAGCAGUUGCAGACUAAGAAACUCAAAGAAGCAAAGACGAAUGUCUCACCUGAGGCUAGGAGAUCCCUGAUGAAGCGAGCCAAGAGCCUUGUAUCUAAGCGAAACUGGGAGGAUUGGCUGUGCCUUCAUUUCCCUGAUUACUGCGCUUCUGCAGCGGGCUGUGCAGCGGAUGAAUAUCAAUGCAGUGAUGGUAGCUGUAUCUAUGACCACUGGCAGUGUGAUGGCUGGGAUGACUGCAGCGAUGCAGGCGACGAACAAGGAUGUGCCUGUACCGGUAAUCAGUUCUCUUGCGGAAACGGUCGUUGUAUUCCAAGUAACUGGGAGUGUGACAGCUGGGACGAUUGUGGCGAUGGAUCUGAUGAAGUAAACUGUGCAUGUGCCGAGGGUGAAUUUACUUGUGUGGAUGACGGCAGCUGCAUUUACGGAAGUUGGCAGUGUGAUGACUAUCUAGACUGUCAAGAUGGAAGCGACGAAGCAGAUUGUUCAAACGCAUGCAGUUGGGGAGAAUGGAGUGACUGGUCCGGGUGCAACACCGGGUGUGGCGCUGGUCAGCGUAGCCGGACUCGGGCCUGUAACUGUGCUAGCGGGCAGUGUGACGGGGAAUCGGUCCAGUAUGACAUGUGUAAUGGCGACGAUUGCUACCCCGAAGCAAGUGGAGGCUGUGGUACCCGCCAACCCCUCACGUCUAACAACCGUAUCGUGGGCGGAGAAGACGCCGUACGCGGUGCCUGGCCUUGGCAGGCACAGCUCCUCUACUACGGAAGCUUCGUCUGCGGUGGUACACUGGUUGGCAAUAGAUAUGUGGUUAGUGCUGCUCACUGCUUCACUGGAGACGGCUACGAUUACAGCAACCCGUCCGCGUGGACCGUUCAACUCGGUAAGCUGUAUGCAUCCAGUAACAUCGACGCGUCUAACGGCGAGUAUGAGAGCGGCGUGUCACAGGUCAUCAUUCACGAGGGCUACAACCAAGUCACAUCGGAUAAUGACAUCGCUGUCAUGGUGUUGUCCAACCCGCUCUCAGCGUCCAAUAGCUUCGUCAACUUUGCCUGUCUGGACUUGAAUAGGACCAGAACCUUUGAUUCUACCUCCAACUGCUUCACCAGUGGAUUCGGCGCUCUUUCUUCUGGAGGUAGCUUGGCAACCGUUCUCCAAGAGGCAAAUGUUCCACUCAUUCCUAGGACUACGUGCAACGGACCCUACAACUACGACGGCGAAGUAACCACGAACAUGCUGUGUGCUGGCUACGUUGAGGGCGGUAUUGACUCCUGCCAGGGUGACUCUGGUGGCCCAUUGGUGUGCGCAUCAAAGGACAACGCAGCUGACGUCGAACGCUGGUACCUGGUCGGGGUUACCAGCUGGGGAUAUGGCUGUGCUCAGGCCAACUAUCCAGGUGUCUACACUGAUGUGUCCCAGUACAUAGACUGGCUGCAGACCAAGAUGGCCUAGAUGACAAACGUUGGCAAAUAUCGGUGUCACUUUAGGUAGUCAGGAUAUAAGACACGUUUUUAGGGUGCAGAUCAGUAAAUGGACCCGAAAUAUCUAUGCCGGACGAAUCACGAUUUGUAGGCCUUUACUGUCAAAUUCUCUCUUGAUAGAGGGUGAACUUAAUGACCAUAGCUUUAUUAUAAACUAGGGAAGUAAGCUUGUUAUUGUUAUCAUGCACCACUCAUCUCCAUUGUCUUGGAAAUGGUCUGUGAAAACUAUCUUGGGAAAGUUUGGUGUAAAACGUGAGCUUAUCCAGACUCGCAUCUAGGUUCAAGCAGUACCUUAUGAAAACAUAAACAAACAAGAUGUUUGUCUUUUGAUGACCUUUUGCUGCAGCUGAGUUGUAUUUUGUAUACGUAUGUUAAAUGGUAUCUUCUGACAUCUUCUGACAUAUGCAAUAGCCCACGUACACAUUGUUGUCAGGAAUCGAUGACAUGUACACCAACUUUUUGGAGACACAGAUAUUGAGCCGAAUCUUUCUGUAUAGAAUGGCCUCAAAGGUCACCAGGUUGAACUUCUUGUUUGGUGGGGUAUUUAACCAGGUUUUUAGCAAUCCACCUCCUAACCUUCAGGAUUUGUAGGGUCUGCAAUAUUCAGACAGGCCAUGGAAGAUAUGCUCCGAAGAUACACUUGGCCAAGGUAUUUAAUCUUGAAUGAUCAUCAUUUGACAGAAAACCUGUUUUGUUCAUGUGUUCAUAAAUUCAAUUCACCUUGAAUCUACCUCUCUUCAUGUCCGGAUGUACUUAUCUUUGACUUCUAACUGUCAAAUGAAGAUUUUCGAAUACCUUUGUCAAGACUAUGGACCUAAGUGAUGCGUGUCCAGAGGAAUGCCAACAGGAUGAGAGUGGACAACUAACUGCACCUAGGCAUAGGCCUACAGUUUAUGAUAAAAAUAGCAAUAAUAGUCAUAAAGUUUAUAACUUGGUCAAAUUGACCCUUUGUUUGGGGAUUACCUUAUGGGGGACACCUUGGGAAGAGUUUUGUUGCCUAUGCACUUAUGGGUUUAUAGCAAUGAAGGGUCCAACCACCUAACAGGACAGUCUUCGAACUUGUAUUUCUGGGAAAUUUUGGACGAAAUUAGACCCCAAACUGGAGCGGAUGCAAGAAUUUUUGCAGGGGGGGGGGGGUCAUCAGAAAAUUAAUGCGGAAAUGUAGACCUUUUUUUCUCCUGACACUUGGCCUCCGUAAAAUCAAUAUUUGGUGAUGGUAAGGUGGGUAUCAUUGCUAUCUGGUAAUUUAUUUGCUGGUCUGCACCCAUGCUACGAUUGUUUCUUAGCGACUGAUUCACCAAUGGUACCAGAUUCAUAUCGUUUUUUAGUUUUAUAGUCAAAGCCCACUUUGAUUUAAUAUCUCGUGAAAUUAUUUUGACUUUUUUUUCUUGAGCACAUAUAAUUCUUUUGCAGCAUUUCAUGCAGAGAAUUUACAUUGUGAUCUAGACUUUAUAGUCUUUUUUUCAACCGUCUUAGAUAUGAGUCAUUUGAUUUUAUAUUAUCUAUAGGUUUUUGUUUCACCAACUGAACUAUAUGAUCUUUUAUAAUCAUUUCCCAUGAAUAAGUUGAAUAAAGUUAUGCGUUACUACUGGCAAA